AUGACUACACUGGCUGCAGAAAAGUUCCAGGAGGAACUUUGUGGAGUAAAAGAGGAGCCCCCACGUCACCAAGACUCGACUAUGUGCAAAAUGAUGCACGCAAAGGUUGUUCUUCACAGACUCGAAGACCUAGAUGUCAGUCAAGCCCAUCGUCUUGAGCACCAGGAGUCUGCAUACGUCAAGGGGGAGGAGGAAGAAUCGCCAUGCACCAAGGAGGAGGAAGCGUCGCCAUACAUCAAGGAGGAAGAGUCCGUUCACAUUAAAGGUUUCAGAAAAUAUAUUGGUGCUGAGCCAGAAUCUCCUGGCGUUAAAAUGGAUAAGGAGAGAGAAAAGCAACUUCAAAUCAAAAAGGAGGAGGAGGAGGAGCUGCCAUAUGGUAAAGAGGAGGAAGGUAUCACCAGUUUGACUGGUGAGCCCUUGAAGAGUGAAGAUGGGCCGACAGAGACAGGCACAGGGGCGCAGCUUCCAAGGGGCAGCAGUACAACAGAAGGAUUGCAAGCGGACAUCUACAUUGCUCCAUCAGACAGAGAUGGCGCCACAUCACACUCACCUUACAAUGAUGAUGGUCAUAAGAAGUCUCACGAUCUAUACGUCAGCCAAGCCCAGCAUCUUGAGCACCAAGAGUCUGCAUGCAUCAAGGAAGAGGAAGAGUCCGGACCCAUCCAAGGUUUCAGCAAAUAUCUUUGUCCUGGCGCUCAACAGCUAAAGAGAGAAGUACAACUUCCAAUCAAAAAGGAGGGCGAAAAACCUUUUUCCUGCUCAUUUUGUGGUCAAGGAUUCACUCAACUUCACCACUUAAAAGUACACACAAGAACCCACACUGGCGAUAAACCUUUUUCCUGCUCAGUUUGUGGUCAAGGAUUCACUCAAGUUCACCACUUAAAAGUACACACAAGAACCCACACUGGCGAAAAACCUUUUUCCUGCUCAGUUUGUGGUCGAGGUUUCGCGAAAAAGCGUAGCUUACAAAUACACGUAAGAACGCACACCGGAGAAAAACCUUUUUCCUGCUCAGUUUGUGGUCGCGGUUUCGCUAUAAAGCAGAGCUUACAAAAACAUGUAAGAACGCACACAGGAGAAAAACCUUUUUCCUGCUCAGUUUGUGGUCAAGGAUUCACUCAACUUAACAACUUAAAAGUACACACAAGAACCCACACUGGUGAAAACCCUUUUUCCUGCUCAGUUUGUGGUCAAAGAUUCACUCAACUUAACAACUUAAAAGCACACACAAGAACCCACACUGGCGAAAAACCUUUUUCCUGCUCAUUUUGUGGUCAAGGAUUCACUCAACUUCACCACUUAAAAGUACACACAAGAACCCACACUGGCGAUAAACCUUUUUCCUGCUCAGUUUGUGGUCAAGGAUUCACUCAACUUCACCACUUAAAAGUACACACAAGAACCCACACUGGCGAAAAACCUUUUUCCUGCUCAGUUUGUGGUCGAGGUUUCGCUAUAAAGCGUAGCUUACAAAUACACGUAAGAACGCACACCGGAGAAAAACCUUUUUCCUGCUCAGUUUGUGGUCGAGGAUUCACUCAACUUAACAACUUAAAAGUACACACAAGAACCCACACUGGUGAAAACCCUUUUUCCUGCUCAGUUUGUGGUCAAAGAUUCACUCAACUUAACAACUUAAAAGCACACACAAGAACCCACACUGGUGAAAAA